AUGACGGAUGUAGAAUUGGAAACACGUAAUUUUUUACGUGAACUUGACACAUUCGGUCAACCGCCACCACCACAACGUCUUAUUAGUGAUGCUGAUAGUAAAACGAUGAGCAAAGAAUUUGAACUAAAAUUACAUCAUAUUAAUUUAGAAAAACAAAAGCAUGUCCGAAAUGGUACAUGGAAUUCAAAACCAGGAACAUCAUUUAGUAGGAAAAGUUUAAUUAACAGAAAUGGUAGCGGCAAUCCAUACAUACCUGUUGAAAGUAAUAACAAAAAUGAAAUGAGUAAGGAGGAAAUUAGCAAACUUAAAGAACAGGUAGUGUCAGCUAGUCGUCCAUUAAAUCCAUGGUACGAACAUCAACAUCAGUCACCAACACGAUCAGCGAAUUUUGUUCGAAAUACUGUCCGCAAAGGCUUGAAUGCUGAGGAAAAGCAUUCAUCAUCAGUCAUUACGAAAACUCCACUACAGUAUCAUCAUAUCAAUGUGGCUACAGUAUCCGGUGAAAAUACCGUAUCCGGUGUAAUGAAUGGAAAAAAAUCCAGUUACACCCAAAAUAUAGCUUCGAUAAGUCCAGCAAGUGCUUCCAGUAAUACGGAAAUUUCACAUUCAUCAAUUUCAACAAGUGAAUCAAGCACGACUAAUUGGACUGACCCAAACGAAGAUACUUAUCGGGCAACACCAUGUGCUGCUAGUAGUGAUAGUGGUUAUCAUGCUUUGAUUUCACCGGCUAAAACAUACUAUCACAGUGGACCACCAAUUCGGCGAUUAAAUCGGAAUUCGAUUAAUGGAUCAGAUAUCGAUCGAAAUGAGAGGUUAUUGAUGAAUGGAAAUAUUACAAAGAAAAGCAUAAAUAACAUUCAUUUGAACGCAAAUCAACAACCUCCUUCAACAAAUAUUCCAAACAAAUAUGAUGAUAAACAGCCGAAAAAUACUUUCACUAUAAUACCACCAUGGCGAAAAAAGAGUAUGGAUUCAGUGGCAUCCACCGAUUCCGGUGUAUCAGUACAACGUAAAAAAUAUGACGAGAUAACGAAUAGCUUAGAAAAACAAUUAAAUUUAAAUCGAAAGCCAAUUGGUAUCUGUGAUUUAUGUAAAAAAGCUAUUAUGGAAGAAAUGGAUGCUACCUGUGCACUUGGACAGUUAUAUCAUCAGAAUUGCUUUACCUGUGAUAUAUGUGGACGAACGUUACGAGGAAAAAAAUUUUAUAAAACUCGAGGGAAAAAAUAUUGUGAAGAAGAUUAUCUGUACAGUGGAAUGCAUGAAAGUGCAGAACGAUGUGCUGCAUGCUCACAUUUUAUUAUGGAUAUGGUUUUACAAGCACUUGGGAAAUCCUAUCAUCCACGAUGUUUUCGUUGUGAAAAAUGUAAAAGUUGUUUGGAUGGUGUUCCGUUUGCUUUGGAUCCGGAAGGUCAUAUAUACUGUACGGAAGAUUAUCAUAGACUUUUUGCGCCAAAAUGUGCCGCAUGUCAAAAAGCAAUUAUGCCUAAUAAAGAAACCGGAGAGACAGUUCAUGUUGUUGCAAUCAAUCGUGAUUAUCAUAUUGAAUGCUAUGUUUGUAAGGGUUGCGGUAUGCAAUUAACGGAUGAACCGGAAAAACGUUGCUAUCCAUUAAAUGAUCAUCUUCUAUGCAAAAAUUGUCACAUACAUUGGGUACGAACCGGUGGCGAUUCAAAACCAAUCACUGAUUUAUGA